AUGUCGUCUGCUUCAACGAAAGAUUCCGACCACUCCCUUGUCGACGAUCACAUCAAAGACUCGAUGUCGCCACCAGCUGAUCACAUCGAUAUCAGUGAACAUGACGAUGAUGACGGGAGCCAUCUCGACGAUGAUCGGGACUUAAAAGACCAUGAUAUGGACGAUCGCGUGAGUGACGACGACUGCGAUGAUAAAGAUGAUGACGUUCCGGGUAAAAAGAGAAAGAGAUCAGACAGUGACAGUAACAACAAUAGUGCCAAGUCUAGCAAGCCUCGACGGGCCAGGACUGCUUUUACCUACGAACAACUAGUCGCGUUGGAGAAUAAAUUCAAAACGACGAGAUAUCUCAGCGUAUGUGAACGCCUCAAUCUCGCUCUGUCGCUGAGCCUGACCGAAACCCAAGUCAAGAUCUGGUUUCAAAAUCGACGUACGAAAUGGAAGAAGCAGAAUCCCGGUAUGGAUCCUAAUGCGCCAACGACCACGUCUGUGACUGCGACUCAACCAUCGCCACCCCUGUCCGCAGCGGGUCUCCAUGCCGCUGCCUACGGCCCAGGACUCAUGUAUGGUUCGCAUCUAACGUACCACUCACCAUUACACGCCGCGGGAGCUGCUAUGCCCUAUGUCAUGGGCUCGCCUAUGUUCACUCACAUGCAUGGUCAUCAUUACUUUUCGCACUCGGGUCAUGUAUAGCCCUGUUAAAACGUGGCGCCUCGCCCAGAAGGCCUGGACUUAUCUCAAACUUUUAUGUUGCUCGUGUAAAGCUUGACACAUGCCACUCGCUUGCCACACACUUCAUGACUGUAUUCAUCUAUCACCAUAAUCACCAUGUACAUAAAAGUGGCCACAGUAAGUUAACCAUGCCAAAUGAAAGCAAGACCGAAUUGUCCUCUUGCAUUUUAUAUUAUACAUUCAACGCCAACAUCUAGUAAUCAAAGCAGAAAAGACCUACCAUGUAGGCCUAUAACCUGUGGUAAUUGUAGAAUAGGGAACCGGUUGGAAAUAUAUCAGUUGAUACUAUUUUUCGUGAUUGGAUGGGUUGUAACACUCAUUCUGCCUACGUACAUGUCACAGGAGCACAAAUGGCAGUGAGUGAUCGAGAAAACAUUGACAAUGAAUGAUGCAAUUUAUGUAAAUAUCUUACGACAUUCAUAUAGCCUAACUACUACACAAACAUGGUAUUUCAAAGCACAAAGACAUAAAUUGUGAGAGAGACAUUAUAUCGUUGGGAAAUAAAUAAGAGUGGUGAGAACGUCACUGUUGAACACAUAGACUUGUCUGUUUGUACAAACAUGAGCAGUUAUAUAUUAAUAUUUGUCAACCGCCAUUUCUGUGUUAAAGUUUCACGUUCACAUAUCCAUCAUAAUUUAAGCCUUAAAGAACCUUUAAACGCUUACAUCAGUUAAUGUUAUCUGUAAGUUAAAAUUAUUUUUUAAUGAUUUCCCCGAAUGGACUUCCUGAAAUUAUACCCAAAAUGCCAUGUCUUGAUACUGACAUAUGACAUACGUACUAUUGUAUCCAAAAGAUUAUCGGUGCUUUUCUCAAAUAAUGUCCCACCAAACAAUCUGUUUAUUUUCUCUCUUUUUUCCGUUGAAUUGGUUGUAAUUCCCAUGCUAAAAUAUAGGCGGAAUGUAAUUUGCAUGUUCAAAAACCUCCUCUUUCAUGUCAUGUAAUAUUAUUAAUUUUCAAUGGAAAAAGUAGCAUUUUAGGGGGGUUAACAUUUCAUUGGGGUUGGUCAGGUUUUAUUAUGAUAUGAGACUUCUGUUCUGAACUUCAAUCAAAUCUGUAAUUAUUUAAAUGGAUAUUUAAUUCCGAGUAUACAUAGAGAUUGUUUUCCACUGAUGCUGAAUGUUUAGGAUGGUUUUUUACUAAGUGUAUAGUUUGCCUUAUCCAAGCACACCAUUACUCAUUAGUCAUGCUUUUGGAACAGGUGUUAAGGUAGUUAAAACGGUUGUCUAAACUUGGAUUGCUUUCGAGAGGGGGAGAUUAGAUUCCAUGGAAUUGAUAAUGACAAUUUUGAUUGAGUUGAUUUCCUCAAUUCUACAAGGCAAAAUGAUUUAGAAGUGGCAUUGCAAAUCUGUCCCUGUCAUUGCCUUCUCUCUCGUAAAAAUAUUACAAAAGAUAAUUGUUUUCCCUAAUAAUAUGGUAGUAUCAAUAAAUGGAAUAGGGCAGACCCUUAAACGCAUUUAAUAAUGAGUAAUCAGUGUACUCGUUCUAAGAAUUAAGCUACAUCAUUAUCAUUGCGUGAUAUAACGUACAAAUGCACAGGAGUGAGAUUAAUAUAAUUUAAUAUAAAUGUAAAUGAGCGAUAAAGAAGAGAUAACGUACUGUAAAGACAGGCAAAUGUAGUUUAUACAAUAAUGCAGAGGAAAUUCAAGUUCUUCAAAUUGCCGGAGCAGGCAAAGAUACCUCUUCCUGAAUUUAAUUUGAUUAAUAUAUUUAUAGGUUUGCAUUUAACGAAUGGGUCUAACUGGACAUUUAAUGCUAUAGUUACGUUUUGCCAUUUUCUUAUCCAUUCAGUUGGAGUUAAGUAGGUUUCAGGAAGCUUGUAUGUAGCCCAAGAAUUUCAGACACGACGUAAUACAGUGUAUUGUAUAGGGUAUUAGUCCAGGAUAGAAGGGGUCGAACCUUGUUUUCUUAGAUAUACAAUGUUUUUUAAUGGUUUCUUGUCAAUUCGAGGGUGCUGAUUCCGAAUCUGAAUGAUGCCACUCGUGUAACCUUGAGCGUUUUCUGCAAAUUGGCAAAAUCCAAUAUGGCCGCCAAAAUAUUCAUAUUACCCAUGAAAAUCAUAAAAUUGUCCACACAUUGGCUAUGAAGUACAUGCAAUUGUGCUGCCAGAGUGAAAUAAUAUCUGAAAAAAUGAUUUUGACAAAAUAUUUAUUUUCUUCAUAUUCAAAAUGGCCGCCAUAGACCCCUGUAUAAUAUGAAUGGGGAAAAUUAAUUUUCACAAAAGCGAGCACUGAAAUGCAAGUAAUAAUGAUCUAUGAGUGAAGAAAUGUCUGAAAAUUUGAUUGCUAACGAUAUAUAACAUUUGUUAUGUCAUGUAUGUGAUAAAUCCUGUAUUUUGAUAUUCAAAAUGGCCUCCAAAAGCCCUAACACUAUUAUGUACAAUGUGAAUGGUGACAACAAAAAUCACAAGAGUGAGCACUAAAAUGCAUUUUGUUAAGAUAAACGAGCGGAAUACUGACUAAAAACAUUAUUGUUAACGAAAUUUAUUAUUUAACAUGCCAUUUAUGUGAUAAAUCAUGUAUUUUGAUAUUUAAAUGGCCGCCAAAGGCCCUAAAACUACGAUGUACGAUGUGAGAGAGGAUAUAAACAAUCACAAGGUGAGCGCUAAAACGCAUGUUCUGUGGUAGAUUGGUGAAAUACUGUCUAAAAAUAUAAUUUUCAACGAAAUAUAUUAUUCGGGUUUCAUGUUUGUGUUGAAUAUUGUAUUUUGACUUUCAAAAUGGCCGCCAAAGACAUUGACUGUAUUAUGUACAAUUGAUAUGGGAAACCAAUUUUCACAGGAGUCAGCACCAUAAAAUGCAUAUAAUUUUGAAUUAAGAGUAAAAUAUUGUCUGAAAACAUAAUUUAUUACAGGAUAUAUCAUUUAUUCUGCCAGGUAGGGGAUAAAUAAUGUAUUUUGAAAGUCAAAAUGGCCGCUACAGGCCCUAACGGUAGGUCUAUUAUGUACUAUGUGAAUGUGAACAUAUAAUCUUAACAGAAUUUGGCUUUGCUUGACUAAAUGGUGUUACAUGUAUGAGUGAAAUAUCGUCUGAAAAUAUGAUUUCUAACGAAAUAGAUAAUUUCUUAUGUUAUUUAGGAGAUAAAUGCUAUAUUUUAAUAUUCAAAUGGCUGCAAUAUGCUUUUUUUGUAGAAAUUAUCUUUCCCCAUUCAAAUUUUACAUAUAAAGAUAAAGGGCUAUGGCGGCAAUUUUUCAAUUUUAAAAUGCAGCAUUCAUCACCUUUAUGACACAAGCUAUGAUAUAUUUCGUUAGAAAUCAUUGGGUUUAGACAAUACUUAACACUUACAUCAAAAUUAAGCAAUUUUCAUAGUAAAAAUUAUGUCAAAAUUAUCUCUCCCCAGUUAAAAUGUACAUACUACUUUGGGCUAUGGCAACCAUUUUGAAUUUCAAAGUAAGGCCUUUAUUACCUUCUCGACCAAUAUGUGAUGUAUUUAGUUAGAAAUCAUGUUCAAGGCCAAAUUUUACCUAUACAUCACAUAGUUACGUGCGUUUUUGGUUCUCGUUCUGGUGAAAAUUAGUUUCCCUAUACGCAUGAUACAUAAUUUUAUAGUAAGGGCUCAUAGCAGCCAUUUUGAAAGUCAAAAUACAGUAUUUAUCAACUACAUGGGAGAGGACAUGCUAUAUUUCAUUAAGAAAAAAUCACGUUUGCAAACAAUAUUUUCCUCGUACAACAAAAGUAUAUUAAUUUCAUAGUCAGGCAAAUCCCAAUUCUUUCAAAAGUAUUUGUCCCCAUUUACAUUGUAGAUAAUACUGUUAGGGCCCAUUGGGGCCAUUUUGAAUUUUACAAUACAGCAUUUAUCUCAUGCAUGAAAAAGGAAAUGAUAUGUUUCGCUAGAAAACAUGUUUUUAGACAAUAUUUCACUCGUAGAUUACAAUUACAUUAAUUUUUUUGUUCUUACUCUUGUGAAAAUUAGUUUCUUCAUUCGCUUUGUUCAUAAUACUGAUAGGACCUAUGGCAGCCAUUUUGAAUGCCGGUCAAAAUGCAGCAUAAAUACCGAAAUUUCAAGGGUAAUUAUAUGUUUCGUUAGAAACCAUUGUUGUCAGACAUUUUAACACCAAUAUUUCGCAGUUAUUGGCAUUUUAUAGUCAAGCAAAUUCAAAUGUUGUGAAAAUUAUUUGUCCCCUUUUAUAUAUUGUACACAGUAUAAGGGGUCGAUGACAGCCAUUUUGAAUAUAAUGAUACGGCAUUUAUCACAUUAGAUAGUAUACAAUGACAUAGUUAUGUUAAUAAUCAUGUUUUCAGACAUUAGUCCACUCGUAGGUCACAAUCACAUGCAAUAAUAGUGCUCUUGUUUAAAAAUUAUUUCCCCAUUCAUAUUCUACAUAAUAAAGUUUACAGGGGUUAUGGCGGCCAUUUUGAAUAUCAAAGAAAUAAAUAUUUUGUAAAAUAUCGCUUUUCCAACGAGUAUUUCACUUCUGCACAACAACUACAUGCAUUUUAUAAUUAAUGUGUGGGCAAUUUUAUGAUUUUCAUGGGUAAUUUGCAUUUUGGCUGCCAUAUUGGAUUUUGCCAAUUUGCGGAAAAUGCUCAAGGUUACAAGAGUGGCAUCAUUCAGAUUCGGAAUCAGCACCCUCGAAUUGACAAGAAACCAUAAAAAAACAUUGUAUAUCUAAAAAAACAAGGUUCGACCCCUUCUCUAUGGGGCCUAUCCUGGACUAUAUGUCAUAUGAAGGAUAUAUUUAAUCGUCUGAUCGACUUAAUGAAUACGAGAAGACGAAGCCUAUUUAAUAUCAUGGUCCUUCUAUUUAAGACACGCUUGGGAAAUUGAAUACACUGGGGAAUGACAUUUUCAGUGCCGUCUUAAUGUAAAAAGCAAUGCUUAAUACAUUUCAAAAUACCUUAUCAAUGGAAUAACUUCUUAUUCAAACUUACAUUUCGACAUGUUCACCUCAAUUGUGGAAUGGUUCAUUAGAUCGCAAAUUAGUUUGAAAAAGCCUUAUUAUUAUUAUUUAAUUUACCUUGUCCCGUCUUAACAAAGAUUCGUUGUAUCUCAUUUAAUUUCAUUAUCUCUCUACAGAAACAAGGCGAGAUCACAAUGAUCACCUUCAAUCUUCUUUAUUUCACCGAUAACGUGUAUAUUACAGAAUUAAUGGAAUCAAAGUAUAACACAAACUUUAACCUGCAGUACUCGAUCCAUCAACUUGGUAUAUAUGUUAUGCGUUUCGAACUUUGUGAUGGUCUGUCUAACUUGUACUGACUUUGUAAUACAGACUCUUAAUUGGUUAAAAUCAAAUUGAGUUUGAUUCAGAGUUAGACCUAAAUAAUUUCUCUUUUUUUUGCAACUGACAUCGGUACUACAUUUAUCAGAUUUAACUAAGUUUUAGUUAUUUUUCUUUCAAAAGUACUUACAUAAACAAUAAUCCAUUUCCCUUAUGAUUUUGUUCUUAUUGAAUAGAAUUGUGUCAUGCGACUAAACAAAUAUUUAAUCAUCUGCAUGAUCUGUAGAGGGAAAUUGUGAAGCUCUAGCAUACCAAAUAUUGAGCAAAGUUCAGCCAAACUCUUGGUAUAGUAUGUGACAAACAAGACAAAAACUAUUUUUUUAACACAAAGAUGGGUGAUGGUGUUGACUCCUAGCUCAAGUAUCAGCAUUUUAUUAUCAUUGUUUAUAUUUAUGUAAUGAUGGAAGGUGUUUUAGCUUGGUGUCAAAAUCAUAGUACUAUCACCAUAUAAGUACUGUUCUCUCUAACCUCAAGGCCCCGUCGUACAAAGAAUUACGAUUGAUUCGAUCAACCUCAACUAUAUGGAAUCCAUCAUUAUCAUAAUUUUUUCUACAGGAAAUCUGCACAAUGUACUUUGUGCACACAGAGAAGCACACUGAAUAUUCAAGAAAAUGAUGAAUGUAUGAACACACAUCAUGUCUAGAAAAUAUUUUGAAUAGACCUGCAUGUUAGAUGUUGACGUUACUAGCUUUCCAUAGUUGUGGUUGAUCGGAUCAAUCGCAACUCUUUGUAAGACGGGGCCCAGAUCUAUUAUUUUAGCUUCACCACUCAUCACUUAAACACCGGUGUAUUAUUUCGGUGUUGGUGUUAUGCGUCAUGAAUGUUACACCUUUGACAUACAUUAGUAAUAUAUGCCUCGUGUACUUAUUUUUCAUUUCAUUGUGAAAGUCAUGUUUACUAUCACUGCUAUAAAUGUUGAAACUUAAAUGAAUAUUGUAAUAACCAUGUAAUAUGUAAUACAUGCAUUGUCUAUUAAAUCAAGCUUGUGUGCUAUAUCUUUUAAAUCCACCGGUGUGUAUGACACAUGAAAGUUGUACGUGUUUAAUAAAAUGAUGAUGAAAAUUCA